AUGCUAAGGACGAGAUUGGUGUGGUUCACUGUGGGAUUUUCGGUAUCAGCAGCUGCAAUUUCACAAUUCGUUUGGAGAGACCUUUUGAGUCAAAGAUAUGCCCUUUCUUCUCACACGAACCAGAAAUUUGAGGACCUUGAAGCUAGAGUCCUGAAUCUGGAGUCUAUUUCUCCCAAGAUUUCCAAUCAAACCACCCAGCAUGAUAUUAGCAUCAAUCAUGCAGUGAUACUGGGUAGUUUAGCUACGAGCUUGAUUACUAUAAUUGCAAUGUGGGUUGUCUGGUUUGAGAAAAGGGAUUUGUUUUCUCGUAAUGGAGUGAUUACACAUGCUUUACCAAUAGCUUUGUGGAAUAGGGUGGACUUCCGUCCACCCUAUGUAGCAGGUUUGGGAUUAGUUAAAUACUAUGAACGUCAGAAUCCCACUGCAGCUAAGCAUUCGUUUGUUGGAGGGACAGGCUUCCCAGUGAUAAUGAGAGAGUCAGUAUAA